AUGGACGACACAAUGAUUGGUCGCUUCCUCUCUGAUCUACCCUGGGACGAUCCAUCAAGCAAGCCCUAUGAGAGACCCAUGCUUCGCCGCUUUAUUUAUCAUGACAAGCGCAUCAGCUACAAGGAGUGCCUUGGGCAUGGCGGCGAGGGUGUCGUCUACCGCGUACGUAUUGAAGGAAAGCAAUAUGCUCUUAAGAUCUUCGAAUCUUGCACUUACAAACCGAACUACUGUCGUUCGCUCGGUGUGCCUAGACGGCGCUGGCCAUACCUCACAUCCUUUUCUCACGAAUGCCGCGCAUUUGCACGACUAGACAGUAUGGGUGAAAAUGGCACAUGGGCUGUCAGAUGCCAUGGCUGGAUAAAGCUAUCUGAUGAGCAGUUUCAGCCCAUUGACCACAGAUGGGGCGCUGAGAAGUACUCUCGCUGGGCUAUCGUUAAGGACUACAUCCCGGAACGUGUAUCCAUGUCUGAUAUUCCGGAGAUCCAACGUAAAAUGACGAUUGCAAGAAGGGCUAGACUAUACCCGGUAGAUUUGCAGCCAAGGAAUUACCGAGCUCAUUCUUCGUUGAUCUGGGUCGCACGAAAACGUGGCCAUAUUUGA